AUGAAGAAAGGGAGCGGAGGCGGAGGCGGAGGUGGAGGAGCAGCGGCGGAGAAGAAGAAAGCACGUCAUUCUUCAAACACCGACACCCCUCCCAGGAAACAAGCUGCAAAGAGGGACUUAUUUCAGUUAUUUGCUGAAAAAGUUAGAGACCACAAGGAUUUAGAAUCAAGGUGGGCUGUCUUGCAUGAAACACGUGUUGAAUAUUUUAGAGGAAAAGAUUUUGUUAGCUUCUUGCGGAAUCAUGUGGAGCUCAAGAACAUAUUGGAGUUUGAUAGUAAUUUGGAAGCAGAAGAUAUUGCCAAUGUAUUGUUGAAAAAGAAUCUUCUAGUGCGCUGUGAUCGGGUGGUCAAAACUGUUAGGCCCGGUAAGAGGAAAUUGUCUACUUGGCCAGCUCACUUGGAGAUCUUUCCCGAUCAGGUUUUCUCUGAUAAUGAUGCCUUUUUUGCAUGGACGUUUGCAAAACGGAGGCCAUUGUGGCAAACUCUCCUCUCAUUUUCUUGGCCAGUCUUGACACUGGCUAUCUGCUUAUUUCCUGUUUAUCCCCACCGAUGCAAGCUACUUAUUCUCUACUCGUGCGCCAGUCUCCUUCUCCUUAUCCUUUGCCUCCUCCUAUUAAGAGGUUUGGUUUUUGGUGCUGGAUGGAUUUUCCUCGGCAAACGCAUUUGGUUUUUCCCCAACAUACUUGCAGAGGAAGCAACAUUAAAGGAAUUAUUCCAGUUUUGGCCCCCAAAGGAUGAGGGAGAGCGACCAAAAUGGAGUGCCAGACUUUUCUACGCUGUUGUUGCUGUUUUGGCUAUAAUGCUGUUGAAGCAUCAUGCGCCUGAUGAAGCUGCCAGAGCCAGGUAUCAGAAGCGGGUGUACAAUAUUAUUGAUGAUGUGCUUGAGUGGUCACCUAGACUAGCUUUAUCCGGGAUGAUGGAGAAGCAGCCAGUGUUUAAUGCCUCUGAUCCUAACAACAAUUACACUGAUGGUGGCAAAGCGAACACUGAAAAUGUGGUUUUCCCCGAAGACUCAAAUGAGGAAACCGUCUCUGAAGAAUUUGAAGUUAAAGAAACAAGUGGAAACCUUGACGAAGUUGAUGAAAAUGAAAUUGAAGUAGAAAAUGGAUCUGUAGAUGACAAUGAUCAUGAGCAUCAACGGUUCAAAGAUUUGUGA